CUUCAACAAACAAUGGACUUGUGUUAAAUCCAUCAAGCAUGGGAUUUGGGUACCAAAUCCACGACUCAAAUCCAACAAGCAAACGACCCCUUAGUUAUUUACCGUUUCAGUUCCGAGCACCUAUCAGCAAUUGCUCCGUCGCCCCUCUCCGGCCGGCGGCGCCGAGCUAUCUUCUUAUCAAGAUGAUAAGUCAAUACUCAAUACCAAUCGGUUCAUUUUGUCAAACCACACAUUCCCAGAAAUUUCCCUGUAAUCCUCCACUCCACAAAGUCAAGUCACUUCUCAUCUCUGUCCACACCAUCUCUGUCCACACCGUCCUUAAUUAACACAUCACUUUAUAUAUCAGAUUCUCGGUAGAAUUUCUAUCCUUGUGAGAGUUAUAUCCCACCACCAUCCCAAUGGAGUUCGACGAAUUACAUGAGUAUGCGAGCUUCCGAUCUUUCCCGGGCUACUCGCGCCGGAUUCGAGGGACUCGUCUCCAACGAAUUCCGGCGACGCCAAGGCUGCUUAUUGGCUUCACCACUGGAACCUCUCUCAGCAGCAUCGACCCUUCCGCAGACUCUUCAGCCUCCGACACUCCAAACGUCGAUUACAGCAACCCGACCACAGCGACAUCCUCCUCGACCGGAACGCCGAGUGUCGGGUACAGCUACCCGACCACGGCGACCUCCUCCUCAGGCAUAACGCCGGACUCUGCUCCCGACACCACCUCCCCCGUCGACAACAACAACAACAACUUAAUGUGCUGGCACAACAGUUCCCUGCACGGAAUGGGAAUCGCCUUGGGAGUCUUCCAAUCUUGUCGCCAAGGGACUCCGAAUUUCGGAGGACUGCCAUCGGUGGUUUCCAGGUGCGACCAUGUCGCCGUUAUCGAACUUCCGGGAGCUUCAGUUGCUGGCGUCAGAAUCUUACUCGUUCACGAAUUCGUUAAUGGCGACCCGAAUUUGAGCGCGGUAGAUCUCUUGAGGAGGUCGAUGACGACGGAUCCCAAUUUCACCGCUCUUUCUACUUGGAUUUCCCGAUUGAACAUCGCCGCCGAUGUGGCGCGAGGGCUCGACCACAUCCACAACACCAACGGACUUCGCUCCAUCCUCCUCGGCUCCGAAACUGUUAAAUCCAGUAGCAUCAUCGUCUCCGUGGGCGGCGAAUUAACGGGCGAGUUUGGAGAUCGCCCGAAUCAGUUAGGUAUCUCGCCAAUCGAUGGAAUUAGGUCGUCGUCAAUGAACCACGACGAAGCAAUCGCAGCGGUGGCGGAGACGAACCAAAGAUCCGACGUGUACGCAUACGGCGGUUUGAUACUGGAGCUGAUGUCGGGGGAAGCGCCAAGGGCGGCGGUGAUUGAGGUGGCGAGAGCGGUGGUGGACGGGAGAGUGCUCAAGUGGAUGUGGAAGGACAGGCGGAUGGAAGACUGGUUCCCGGAUAAGUUAGUCGAGAAGCUGCUGCAGAUCGCGGUGAAUUGUCUGGAGGAGGACCCUGGGAAGCGACCGUCAAUUGCCGCCGUCGCUGGGAACAUUUACAGGUUGUGCUUGGAAUCGAGGGAAUGGAGUAACGGAAGUGGAGAUUUGUGGCAGGGCCUGCACCAGCGGCCGGUGGUUCCGGGCGUUUCUUUGGCGGCGAUGCGGGACAUCCACGGGCUUAUCUAUUGAAAAUUGGCGGGCUCGACUAUAAUAAGCCCAGGAGUGUCUCUGUUAGGCCGCUAAUACGAGAGGGUAAAUUGGGCCUCCGCUGGGCCUAGGUAAGCUUGCACUAAAUCUCUUGAGUAGGAUUUUAUUUAUUUCUUCUAUUUGUCAAACUUUAUCAAUUAUCACAUGUUGUUAGAUUGUACAAUCUCAGCUUAUAAAUAAAUAUAUGAUUUAUCUACUCAAACUUCUUAACCACCAAACUAUGUUGUACAAUUGUGUACUUGAUGUGAGAUGGUAACUUCUCGUUGUAUGCGUUGUCAUGUCAGCUAUUAUUCUUAUGAAUCAAAGUUAACCUUUAAUGAUGUGUAUGAUUGAAAGAAAUUUGAGAUAACCUUCCUAUGAAUAGAAGUUACUAAACAAAAAAAUUAUCAAAUUUAGAGAAUAACAAAAUAUUAUAACAAGAUCUGUUUGAUAAUGCCUUAACAAGAGUUGUCAAACUUAUAAUCGGCAGGUGACAAGCCUUCUUCCAAUCCUAAUUCCAAACAAGAUUUUUAUUUGUUGUUUUCAAAUAUCCUUUCAACCAUCCAAGUCCAACACCACGUCAUCUAGAUAUAGAGGAGAACGAUGUAAAUGGACUGAUGGUAGCCCUGAAGUCCUGAACAAAUAUAUAAUCACGACAAUUGAUAACACAUUCACAACAGAUCUAGAGUGAGAUAAGGUUCUAGAUUCUAACUCCAAUAAAGUGUUUCAUGAAUC